AUGUCGUACUACUUCACGAUAAUCGGCACGCGAGACAACCCUCUUUUCGAACUGGACUUCGGCACCUCCAAACUAGGCGGCGACGGCAUCGCUCGAUUCCGGGAAGAAGCAAAACACAUGAAUCAGUUCAUUGUACAUUCGUCUUUGGAUCUCGUGGAAGAAGCGCAAUGGAGUACCAAGGAGCUGUCCGUCACCCUACCAAAAUGCAACGGCUCAAGCAUGCGUUAAUGACAGAGCGCAGAUACUUGAGGAAAGUCGACUCCUUCCAGAACUCACACAUACACGCGUUCCUCACAGGAGGCAAUGUGAAGUUCAUGCUGCUCAUGAACCCUGAUCCCGCGGCGACGACGUAUUCGAGCUAUCCGACAAGUCCGCCUCCAAGACCGGGCACGGGAGCAGCAAGGCAGAGUACUUUGAUCGCGAGCAAUCCGACCUCUCAGCAAACGGAAGAGGCAGUCAGACAAUUCAUGAUUGAAGUACGUCAGUCUGAAUACCAGUCCGGAAAGUACGCACUGACAGGUAUUGAUCCAGGUCUACGAAGCCUGGAUGAAAUGCAUCAUGAACCCAUUCUACGCCGUGAAUCAACCCGUCACGUCACCGGUCUUCCGCAGCCGAGUGAGCACAGCAGCGAGAAAGUAUCUCUGA